AUGGGUAUUCUCUAUCGUCGAUAUUGUUGGUACGAAUACGGUAACCAACAAUGCACUGGAGAUGCUUGGUAUGAUUGGGGUCGCUGGGUCGCUUUUGCCGUCAUUGUCGUUGCGGCGCUGAUUAUCUUCUUCAUCCUGGCUUGUUUCAACGCCAGACGCCGUCGCAGAACCGGUCUUCGUCCCUACCAAGGCACAGGCUGGCUUGCUCCUCCACCUCCAUAUCAGCAGCAAUAUGCAGACCCUUACUACCAGCAACAACCACCGCCACCACAGUACACGGCUCAGCCGCCGACUCACGGAUACUUCGGGGGCCAACAGACUGGAAUCGAGCUGCAAUCGCCGCCUAAUGUGCACUAUGGAGGAGAACGGCUUUACCAGCCACCUGCUGGACCACCACCACCUACGAACUCAAAGCCAUAA